CAGGGCAACAGGCGGAGAACUCGCAUUCUUGCCUCGUGCCCCUACCGCAGUGUGAGCUAGCGAGCGACGAGAAACGUGCGUCUUUUACGCUCGUGAAUCGCGUAACUCCCGAGUCUCCUAACAUAAAAACUCGAAAAAGGAACACUAUGUUUAAGUGACAAUAAUGUAUUCAGUGAUAUUACUGUUGACACGCUAGAUUAAUGGCACGUGAAAAAAAUGUAUGUCAUUAAAUAUUCAUGAUAAGCUCGUUGGUUUCCGGAACUCACAGUUACUACUCAAUCAACAGAUUGAAUAUGGAGACUGAUAAGAUGUCAACGGCAUCGUCCGUGGGCGGCGAACGAAGACCCCUGAUGCAAGCACUGGUGUUAGAGAGACGUAUACUGUUCGCUUGCACAAUCCUCGUAGGACUGAGCACUUUUAUCUGGAUAACUGCUGUGUGUACAGAUAAAUGGGUCCACAUAGAAGGAGGAAAUGGUAUAUACUUAGCCGCCAAAGGAAGAUAUCUGCUAUACAGCGAUUCAGGAAUCUGGGAGAUUUGCAGACACGUCUUCCAGCCAUACUUCAUCCUAGACCCUUAUAAGAAUGAGAAAAUCAUGCCAAAACAACAAGAAGAUAUAACGGGUCUUAACGGGACAGUUUUAAUAAAAUGUACGAACUACCUAGCGCAACCUCUCACAGAAAACAACAAGCUGGCUGAUCCAGCUUAUGACCUAGAUAUAGCAAAUUACGUGCGAACAAUGAUAUCGUUCGGUAUCAUCAGCUUAUUCGUGAUGGCGAUGGGCUGUGGUUUCUCAAUAUACACCUUCAGAAAUCCACGUUAUAUGUUUAAACGUCUUGCCGCAGGCAUCCAUUUCAUAAGCACAUCCUGUACUUUCGUCGUGGUACAAGUGAUGAUGUCUUCAGUGGACCAUAUGAAGAAAAAUGUUAAAUAUGUAUAUCCAGAGCGUGCCUACCAUUACUUCCACAUAAGUUUCUUCUUGGCUUGGUUCGUGGUACUCGUGAACUUUGCAGCUGCCGCAUCCUUCUUAUGGUACUCAAGGAAAAGGAAAGGUGACAAAGCUGCCACAGACGAGUUGGCAAUGGCCGACGAACCAACAAUUAUAGGCCGAUGACGUCACAGCCUUAACAUAAUGCGAUUGAAGCAAAUGUUCCCUCUCGCCUCUUUACUGAACAGUGCUCAAAUGACCAAUAGCUAUGAUAGCAGUGUUAUUGUCUUCCAUAAUAACUUAUUCAAGUAUCUGGUUCGGCUGUUUGACCAAUGACUGAUGCUGUUAUUUCUUUAUUACUUGAAAUGACAAUUUUAUUAGUGUUAUCAACACAUUGAGCCUUGAUUUAUUUACAUUUAAAUACAUUAA